AUUGAGAAAUUACGGAGAAAGAUUGCCAAGUUAGAGGCUAUUGUUAAUCGCACUCCUCAACAGGAACAAGAUUUAAAGGAUAAAAAGCAGGAAUUAGCAGAGUUAGAGGGUCAACAGCAAAGCGGAGGAGGCGGAGACCCGGGAGACCCCAAAAAAACUAACCGAACUCCUUGGAUAAUUGUCAGCGGAGAACUAGACCUUAACCUUAAAUCUUUCAAGUAUACUUUACUUACUGAUAACAAGGAGGAAGUAAUUUUUUAUAAUAAUCGCUCUUUGGUUAAUUUUCUCGAUGCUCGCUGUAAGGUAAAUAUUGAGAAAAGUCCUAAUGGCGAAUAUAAUCUCGGAAAAAGUAUUAUUGAUUUAGAAAGAAAAAUAAAAAGGGAUCAAUUACUAACUCCGAUUGAGGAACAAGUUAGACAAGGUAUUGGAAAGUUGAGUUAUAAUCUUUCUAACAUUCCAAAUGAACUUAUUCAGCAACAGAUAAUCAAUUUAGAGCAAAGAGGGUAUAACAGAAAGGAAAUUGCAGAUUUCUACCACCGGGACGAACGAACUAUCUAUCGCAGAAUUAACUCAACUAACAGCCAAGAAAAACAAAAAAGAGGAAGACCACGAAAAAUUAAAGAAGAUGUUUCAGAGGUUUUAUGUUCUUAUAUAGAGAAAGAUGAUAACGACGCAACCUUGGAAGAAUUGUCAGAUUACUUAUUCCAAAAAAUAGGUCAAAGGUUUAGUGUUCCAACUAUUUUUCGGGUGUUAAAGAAAAAAAGGAUUUCUUGGAAAAAGGCCGAUAAACAAUUCUCGGAGCAAGAUGAGGAAAAGAUUAAGCAAUUUGUCAAGGAUAAUUGCCAAUUACUUUCUUUAUCCUCUCUUUAUUCUUUGGAUGAGUGUAGUUUUAAUUUAGGUGCUGUGCCUCAUCAUGCUCGAGCUCAUAAAAGUAAGCGAGCAGUAGUUAAGCGAUCAGAUAAUGUUCGAAUCCAUCAUGCCGUGAAGGCAUUAAAGGAUUUAGGUUUGUCAAGCAUUAAAGAGUUAGCAAAGCAAAAGAACAUUGUGCUUGUUUAUUUGCCUCCUUAUACUCCUGAAUUAAAUCCUACUGAAAAUUGUAAUAGUGUUAUAAAAAACUAUUAUAGAAAGCAUAAACCUCGAACUGAGGAAGAAUUAAGGAAAGUUAUUGAGGAGGGAAUAGCGGAAUUAAAGAAGCAUGAUUUAAGGAAUUUUUUUAAAAACAACCAAAAAAAUACUUUUGCUGCCAAUAACGACUAUUUGAGUUUCACUACUGAGGAAGAAAUAGGAGAAAUAAAAUCCUUUGAAAAUAGUGUUCCUCAGCAACCUAAACCCAAAAAGGAGAAUAACAAAUUUACUAGUAGUCUCAACGUGCUCAAAACUGUUUUACUAGUAGGUGGAAUCAUCGGAGGUUUAGUUUUAGUUAUUUUCGUUUAUCCCAGUAAGCAGGUAGAGUUAGCAGAAUUAAAAAAUAAAAGUGAGGAGUGGCAAGUCCCUUUUUCUACUUUUCGCAGUCUAGACGCCGGUUGCG